AUGUGAUUUGGAUUAAACCUCCGCAAGGCAGUUUUAUCAUGUGGAGAUUUCAUUCUGGCAUCUCUUAAAAUUAACACUGUCUUUUGCAGGAGGAAAACCAACCUUGGAGGAACCAAAGAUGUCCAAACCAGCAAGACGACACCUCUGCUCCCAUUGUGGAAAAARUUUUAACCAGUUAGUUAGCUUGAAAAGACAUGAGAGGGUACACAUAAGAAUGAAGCCACACCAUUGCUCCCAGUGUGGAAAGAGUUUUAAGCGGUUAGACACCCUCAAAGCUCAUGAGCGAAUACACACAGGGGAGAAGCCAUGCCAUUGCACCCAGUGUGGAAAGAGUUUUACCCAAUUAGGAAGCCUGAAAGAACACAUGAGACUGCACACAGGGGAGAGGCCUUACCACUGCUCCCAGUGUGGAAAGAGUUUUAACCAGUCAGGAAGCCUGAAAGCUCAUGAGCGAAUACACACAUGGGAGAAGCCAUACCACUGCUCCCAUUGUGCAAAGCGUUUUAUCCAAUUAGGAAGCCUGAAAGAACACAUGAGAGUGCACACAGGGGAGAAGCCUUACCACUGCUCCCAGUGUGCCAAGCGUUUUACCCAUUUAGGCAACCUGAAAGAACACAAGAGACUGCACACAGGGGAGAAGCCUUACCACUGCUCCCGGUGUUCAAAGCGUUUUACCCAUUUAGGAAACCUGAAAGCUCAUGAGCGAAUACACACAGGGGAGAAGCCUCACCAUUGCUCCCACUGUGGAAAGCGUUUUAACUAUUCAGGAAAGCUGAAAGAACACAUGAGACUGCACACAGGGGAGAAGCCUUACAAAUGCUCAGACUGUGGGAAGACAUAUUACUCAUCACAGUCACUUAAACAUCAUGUGCGAAUCCACACAGGAGAGAAUAAUUACUUCUCCUAGUGUGUAAAUUUAUAUUUCACAUCACAUUAACUAAAAAUUAAUCAGAGAACAUACACAGUGCUCCCAGUGUCUUAUAUUGUUGCCUGAGAAUGUGUUUACCUGUUUGUACCAUAUUAAAUUAAAUGGUUCAAAGUAUACUCAAAUGUAUGUUUUUGUAAUAAAACAUGAAUUGAAUAUGGAGUAUGCCAGUUUGAAUAUAAAGUAGAUCAGAUUCCAUGUGUUUAAAUGGUCCUUUUUUAAACUCUGUGUGUGAUUAUCUGCAUGGCAUUCCUCCAGCACUACAGAUAAUCAAGUGAUAUUUGGAUGUGAUGCAUUUGUUCCAUUGUUUAAAUUUGCAUUGUUGGCCCACUGAUGAAUAAUGACAUGAAAAUGUUCACAGACUCUGUAAUGGAAAAUGUUAAUUGUAUGUGUCCACACAACUGAGUAUGUGACUAACCUUGUGAAACUGUCCUAUUAUAAUCUCCUGUUCCUGUGAGUAUCAUCCUGUGUUGCAAACCAGCUGCACCUGUGUCCUUGUAUGAAUAAAGUCCCUCCCAGGAACAGGAAACUAUAAAGAUAUGUGCUCAUCACCCAAUGCUUCAGGAAUUCAGACUGUCUACACUGCGCUGUGUAACUGUUAUUCUCUCUGAGCUCAGAAAUAAAGAAUCUUGGUUUGA